GAAUAAAACCCUCUCUGAUUGGCUGAUCAGGUGAGGUAAGCGACUUUUGUCGGUAUUUCGGUUCAAGAGCAGUUUCGCCUUCUCCACAAGUUCUUAAAUGUAAUUGACAACUUUGUUUGUAAUUUUGUCUUGAUCCUUUGACAUUUCAAGCAAGGGCUCUCUCUCUCUAUCUUACCAUUGAUACAUACCACAUUGUAAUAAUACUCAAUUAUCCUUCGAACCUACUCGCCCUAUCCAAUUGACCCUGACAUUCCAACUCCACUCCUCCAUAAUGGCUGCUCUCCGCACAGGUGCCCGCAGUGCACGCGCGAUAUUCGCCGCAUCACGACCAGCUUUCAGAACUCAGAUGCGAACCAUGGCAUCAGUCGACAGCUCAGUACCUGAAAGUCCUACCGUUUCUCCAUCCCGUCCUGUCGAAUCUGCUUCCAAGACCUCCACUGUCAAGGAACCUGCUGCCGACUCGGAGUCUUUGAUCAAGACAUUCAACAUUUACAGAUGGAACCCAGAUGAGCCAACCAGCAAGCCCCGCAUGCAAUCUUACACUUUGGAUCUCAACAAGACUGGACCUAUGAUGUUGGAUGCGCUUAUUAGAAUCAAGAAUGAGGUCGACCCUACCCUUACAUUCAGAAGAUCUUGCAGAGAAGGUAUCUGCGGCAGUUGUGCAAUGAACAUUGAUGGAGUAAACACAUUGGCUUGCUUGUGCCGCAUUCCAAGAGACGCUAAGCACGAAACGAAGAUCUACCCACUACCCCACACCUAUGUCGUCAAGGAUAUUGUUCCAGAUUUGACACAAUUCUACAAGCAAUACAAGUCCAUUAAGCCAUAUCUUCAACACACCGACCCAGCACCAGAAGGAAAAGAAUACUUGCAAUCUAAGGAGGAUCGUAAGAAGCUUGAUGGACUUUACGAAUGUAUUCUCUGCGCAUGCUGCUCGACAUCUUGCCCCUCCUACUGGUGGAACAGUGAGGAGUACUUGGGACCAGCUAUCUUGUUGCAGAGUUACAGAUGGCUUGCAGAUUCCCGUGAUCAGAAGAAGGAAGAACGUAAGGCAGCUUUGGAUAACAGCAUGAGUUUGUACAGAUGUCACACUAUUCUCAACUGCUCGAGGACAUGUCCGAAGGGAUUGAAUCCUGGUUUGGCAAUUGCGGAGAUUAAGAAGGAAAUGGCUUUCUAAGAAGUCUUUAAAAAUGAUAUCAAUGAGGGGGCUUGAUGAGAUAGCAUUUCAGCAAUUGGUUGUGGUGUUUUGGGCGGUUAUUGCUAAGUCUGUUUGUGUAGAUAGGAAGUACAACAUGAAUUUAUCAGCACAAGUUUGGGUUUCGUCUUCAACAUUGUCCUCCAAGCCAAGCCAUUGUCCGUGAAUGCAAGUGAAAGAAGAGCCAUAAUAAACUCUCA